AGUGUGUAUAGCGAUAGACAGGCACCCGGAGAACAGUCGGUUGUCGAGUAGAAGAAUGUAAUCAUUAGUUUGUGCCAUCGAGCUCAUAGUAUAUCAGAUCCGAAUAAGAGAUCCUAGCCAUACUGCAAUGAAGAUAGUAGAAACAAGACUCCCACGUGGAUGUCUGAGGCAUCUACAACCCCACGCCAGAUCUUAUAUAUUACCCGAUUCGUCCUAGCGUGCCCCUCCACCCCCCUCCGAAUCUUUACUCCGGCUUCAACUUCAACAUUUAAUCCUACUACCUCCACAUCAUUCUUUCCGUCUAUCUUUUCCCUUACAUAUUAUUUAUAGAUUUAGACUUAGACAUACCCUACCUACCACCACCCUCAUAUAUACCGAAAACACAAAACAAAAUGCCCUCCAUCCCCAUAACAAUCCUAACCGGCUUCCUGGGCAGCGGCAAAACGACCCUCCUUCUAAACCUCAUCCCGCAACUCCCCCCAACCUACCGCCUCGCACUCCUCAAAAACGAAUUCGGAGAUGUAGCAAUCGACUCGCAACUCGCCUCUACCUCCUCAAUCAGCGGCGUCCGCGAACUCCUCAACGGCUGCAUCUGCUGCAACCUCGUCGGACAGCUCAGCGACGCGCUCUUCCAACUCCUCGACGAAGUGAAGCCCGACCGCAUCGUGAUUGAGACAUCCGGGUCCGCGUUCCCCGCGACCCUAGCAAUGGAAGUUAAUCGGCUUGCGCGCGAACACCCGGGCACAUUCAGCUUGGAUGGAGUGAUUAGCGUGAUUGAUGUGGAGAAUUGGGAGGGGUAUGAGGAUACGAGUUAUACAGCGAAACUGCAGGUGCGGUAUACGGAUCUGAUUGUGUUCAACAAGUGGGAGGCGGCCGGAGAGAUGAAGUUUGAGAUCUGUUUGGAUCGGGUGGGUGAUUUGGAGGUUGAGACGCCGUGGGUGAAGAGUGAGAAGGGACGGGUGGAUAAGGAUGUGUUGUUGGGAAUUGAUGGGGCAUUGUUUGGGGAGGAGGGGGUGGAUGGGGUGGAUGGGCAUGGACAUAGCCAUGCAGAUGGGGAGGGGCAUAAGCAUGAACAUGGACACCAGUCCGAGGUGGAGGUGCUGUCGGUUACGUUGAAGGCAAAGGAGGAUGGGGCUGUGGUGGAUACCAAGGCAUUGGUGGAGAAGCUGUUGCGCGCGGCGAACAAGGAAGAGGUGUAUCGGAUCAAGGGCGUCAUGCGGUGCUCGACUGCUGCGCCGCCGGCUGCGUCGGAGGAAGAGGAAGAGCAGCAGAAGGCGGGCCAAUCGGUGGCUGUGGAUGCGGAUGGCCCGGCAGCAAGACACUAUAUCCUGAACUGGGCCUUUGGGCGCUGGACGUUCACGCCGUCUGAUGUGGUGGCCGAGACGGCCGAUCCUGCGGUGGCGGCUAGAAUUACUUUCAUCCUGGCCCGGUAUGAGUCGGGGAAGUGGAAGAAGAGGCUGGAGGCGGGUGGCCUGGUUCAGGUCGCGGAGGGAAGUACUAGUGAGGGGGCGGAGUUGGUGGUUGAGCGACUGGUCUAGAUGGGUAUGUUUUAGACAUGUUGUUGCUUUCUGCCAAACCUAGAAUUGGGCAUGAUGCAGGAGCUGGCUCUGCAUCGGAUGACCUGUGAAUUGCGGGGUUGGGCUAUGUAUACAUGAUUCUAUGAUGACAGUGUGGGGUGAUAGAGAUCAGGAUAGACUAGAGGUAGACAUGACUCUGUCUGCAAUGAAGAUAGGGGAAACCCAUUAAAAGGUCUAGGCAUAGAUGGCCAUAUAUAGACACUUCAGUAAUCUGCACACUGUAUUUCGACCCGAAAUCUACUCUAAAAGCACACAAACACAUUUAUUAACAAAGCAGGUCAACGAGCGACCUACUAAGUAGAGCAACAUAUAG